AUGCCAGAAGAAUGCUACUCGGGGGCUUCAUCGGGAUAUCAGGAAACAGCUGCUAUAACGUUUCAUAAUCUUACAAAGGCUAAAGCGAGCACAAUGGAACAUUACCUAAGACAAAUCAACGAUGUGUUUAUAAGAAGAGCUUUGGUAGACACGGGUUCCUCUGUCAACAUAUUGCCUCUAUCUGUGUUUACGGCAGCUGGUAUUCCAUUAUCCAAAAUCGUGCAAUCUCAAACAAGCAUCAGCAGUUUCGGGAAUAAGAGUGAAGUCACCGUCGGGCACAUGCAAGUAAACUUGAAGGUAGGGCUAAUUCAAUCACUUACCAAGUUCUAUGUGGUAGAUGUAGAUGUGGCUUACCAUGCUUUACUUGGAAGGCCAUGGCUCAACGAGCAUAAACUUGUGGUCUCUACUUACCAUCAAUGCGUGAAGGGAAGGAUUGGGCUAAGGCCACUUCGCAUACUUGGGAAUCAAGCAUCGUUCAACAAAACGAAGCUCACUACUCCGAGGCAGAAUUUUACACCAAAUGCACAAGUGUUGGAAGCAGCCCAUUCAAGGAUUUCGGGACCUACCUACCUAAGCAACGAGGAACUCAUAACCAUCGUUGAUCGGUAA